AUGAGUGAUAAAAAAUUGGAAGUACUGGUCUAUGGACUGGGAGCCAUCGGUUCCUUUUACGCAUUCAUCCUCAGUCGCAGUGACCGUGUUCGCUUAACCGUGGUAGCUCGAUCCAACUACGACGCUGUUGCCGCAAAUGGAAUCAGCAUAAACAGCCAAAACCAUGGCAAACACCAUUCGACAGUCCUCAGACAUGUGAAAGAUGCUGGCCACAAGUUCGACUUUGUCAUCUGCACCAACAAGGCAGUUGAUCAGGCCAGUACUGCAGCCGAUGUUGCACCCGCCAUUGGAGAUGAUACGUCAAUUGUGAUUAUCCAGAAUGGUGUCGGCAAUGAGGAUGCAUUCAGAGAGAGUUUCCCAAAGACAACUAUCAUAUCAUGCGUGACGUGGGUUGGAGCGAGACAGCCACAACCUGGCAUCGUUGAACACACUACAUCCGAAGACAUGCAGAUGGGGUUGUAUCCGAAUAAAGCCGGCGACUCAGCCCUCGAUAAAACCCACCUCUCGCAGUUCGAAUCAUUGCUCUCAAUCGGCAAAACCAUUUUCCAAAUCGUUCCGGACAUCCAAGUCCAACGCUGGGAAAAGGUCGUGUGGAACGCAGCCUGGAACUCCCUCACAGCGCUCACCCUCACGGACACGCAUUCGUGGUUGAGCUCUUCAGAUCUUUCGACGCCAAUGACGCGACGACUGAUGAAGGAGGUUAUUGAUGUUGCUAAUGCUCUUGAUGUAUCUCUUCAGUAUGAACUGAUUGAUCAACUUCUGGACAAGAUUCUAGGCAUGCCGCCAAUUGGUAGCAGCAUGAGGACUGACUACGAGAAUGGAAAGCCUAUGGAAGUGGAAGUCAUCUUGGGAUAUCCCGUUAAGAAGGGCAGGGAGUUGGGGAUCGAGGUGACGACCAUCGAGACACUUUAUACUGUUUUGUUGGCCAUCAACAAACGUCUCAUGAGUUCUGCAGACAAGUAG